GACAGGCAUGUGGUGAUGAAAGAGAUGGCAUACGGUUUGCACAAAUGUCAAACAUCGAGUAGAUGACAACAAAUGAAAACAAUUAUGGCAUUUGUUUGCUAUCGAUAACUUUGUGAAUUGUAUUUUGUGUUCGUAUCAUUGUAAGCUAACCGAAAAUUCAAAUGGAAAAUGUCCCAUUUUAUGUGAAUUGAAAUGCAUUGUGUCACAGGCUAAACAAAUACUCGUUUGAUUUACCAUUGUAAGAUUUUAAUGUUUUCAAAUUGGGAGUGCAAAGCAGUGUAAAAAAAUGUCGUCACGGAAAAAGUCGAUGAGUACGUCUGGGACGAGUUGCAGUAGUUCGGGUUCGUCAUCGUCGAGUGGAAGUACAAGUGAUUCGGAUUCAAAUUCAUCCAGUUCCGAUUCAGAGUCGUCCAGUUCACAGGCAGGAAAUCGUAGUUCAGCUUCAAACAGUACACCAAACGAAUCGAAAUCAUCACAAGCUACACCGGCCAAAAAGGAAACGGUGCGAGAAAAUGCAAAUGCCAAAAUUGAAAAAGAAAAAAGCCCGCCAAAUUCCGCGACAAAUAAAUCAAAAGCGGCUGGCGCCACGUCAAAAGGAGCACAAUCACAACAACAACAACAACAACAGCAGCAGCAGCAGCAAAAGAGCAAUUCGCGCAAAGUUUCGGUUUAUUCGAGCGAAGACGAAACACCACCAACAAAAGCUGAACAAGCCGAAGCAAAACGAAUACAAAAUGAAAUUAAGAAAAAGACUGUCGCCUCACAAGCGCUUAAAUCGAAAUCGGCCCCAGCACCACCACCGACCGGCGGCAAAGCGCCACCGUCCGUUGUCAAACAACAUCAACAAAUGAAUAAGGCUGCUGCCAAUAGGAAUAAUGCCAACAAAGCCAAUGCAAAAUCUCCCGCCAAUUCGAAGAAGAAGAGCAUUUUCUCGCCCGACAAUUCGUCCGAAAGCGAAGAAGAGUCACCAGCGAAAAAGACUUCAACGCCGAAAAAAGUGCCAGCACCAAGAGGUCGACCUCCGAAAAAUAAACCACCCGAAAAGCCGCCGCCACCGCCACCAACGGCCAAAUCUUCAGAAUCAUCAUCCGCCUCUUCAACCGAUUCAUCCACUUCGAGAGAUUCUGAGUCUGAGUCAAGUGCACAAUCGACGCCGCCCACGAAGAAAAAGACAGUAGUGGGUCGAAAGCCGGGUAAAAAGCAAUCUCGCAACUCAGCAUCAACAUCCAAAUCGGAUCAAUCGAAGGAGCAUGGCAAUUCGGAGUCGGAUAUCGACAUGAAACCGGUUACCCGUUCAUCAAAUACUCGUAAAUCAAAACACUUGACAGCUAUAUUCAAUCCGUCGAAGGCAUCCGAUCCAUCGGAAUCGGAGGCGGAAGUAAAGAAUUCAAAGAGUCCUGUGAAACGUACAAAGGGAAAGGCAAAUAAUUCCAAAAUCAAUUCCAAACUAAAUGCAAGCGUUCCGAAAAAGGGAAAUGCCGCCAACACCACACCCACCAGCAGUACACCGAUGGCGGAGGAAAGGAAGUGUCCCGUCGACGGUUGUGAUUCAAACGGUCAUUUGAAUGGUAAAUUUGAGAAGCAUUUUACACAAGAGGCUUGUCCACUGAAUCACAAUGUUUCGCUGGAGGAAACAAAAAAGCGACGUGACGAGCGUUUAAGGCACGAGGAAGAGCGCAAAAAAGCGACAAUUUUAUUUGAUCCAAUGUCAAAUGUAACAUCCGCUGAGCAAAAAGCGUAUCAAUUGAAAAUCUCGGAGUUGCGUUCGAAUUUUGUGCCGAAUCCACCAUCACCGAUACGAAUCAACCAAAAUCUAGCCAUAAAAAACCAACAACAGAAUGGCGAAAGUCGACUGAAAGAACCAAUCCUGAGAGGUUACGUAACGGAUUACGAUUUGAGAUUAUUUCAAGAGGCACAAGCUGUUGCAAGCGAGAAAAUCGAAACAGAUCUCUUAAAAUGGCCAGCCGAAAAAGGAACAAAGUUCAUAACGAUGGGACGGCACAAUAUGGAGGUGUGGUAUCAGUCACCGUAUCCGGACGAUGCAGCCCGACUACCGAAACUGUAUUUAUGCGAAUUUUGUUUGAGAUAUCAAAAAUCUGAAAUUACAAUGAAGAGACAUGCAGCCAAAUGUGUCUGGCGACAUCCACCUGGAGAUGAGAUCUAUCGAAAAGGGAAGCUGGGCGUGUGGCAAGUGGACGGAAAACGACAAAAACAGUACUGCCAACAUUUGUGUUUGCUGGCCAAAUUCUUCUUGGAUCACAAAACCCUGUACUAUGAUGUUGAACCGUUCUUAUUUUAUGUAAUGACUUUGGCCGAUUCAGAGGGCUGUCACACCAUUGGGUAUUUUAGCAAGGAAAAAAAUUCAUUCCUCAACUAUAAUGUAUCGUGCAUUUUAACAUUGCCGCCAUACCAGCGGAAAGGCUAUGGACGUCUUUUGAUCGAUUUCAGUUAUCUUUUGACCCGUGUUGAAGGGAAAAUUGGCUCGCCGGAGAAGCCAUUGUCUGAUCUCGGUUUGAUUUCGUAUCGUUCGUACUGGAAAGAUGUUCUAUUGGAUUAUCUGUGCUCACGGACUGGCAGCACAUUGAGCAUAAAAGAUGUCUCGCAGGAAAUGGCCAUAAAUUCGUACGAUAUUGUGAGCACACUACAAGCAUUGGGCAUGAUGAAGUACUGGAAAGGCAAACAUAUUAUACUUAAGAAGCAGGAUGUACUUGAGGAAUACGCGGAACGUGUGAAACGUCGCGGAGCGGUUGUAAAAAUCGAUCGGAAUUACUUGCGAUGGACGCCGUUUGUGCCGCCAGCACCAACGACAUCGUCUUAGCGCCAGGUGAACUAUUGCCUACCACCAUUGACACAAAUGUUGCUCUCAACGGCCAUCCAUCAAACGAUCAACAACAAUUACAUCAGCUUCUCCGAAAAUAUUUUCCAUCAUCAUCAUCCGCAGACGCAGCAGUAAAAGCAAGACAGCAAGCAGCAAUAACUCCAUAGCGGUGCACUGCCCAUACAAACGUGUCGAGGCGCGUAGUGCUCUACGUCAUGUAGUUUGCAUAACGUAGUUAGAGCGCGUAGUAUUAUCAUUGCACCGCUAUGAAUAACUCAUCUUCAUUUUUUUUCUCACAAACACACAUUCGUUACUUGGUACGCGGCCACAGAGACGGAUCGAACGAAUAUCGACAACAACCGAAAAUUAUCUACAUUUCUCUUAAUUUAUUGACGAAUUUCCUUUUUUAAAAUCGGUUUUCAUUAUUGUACGUCUGUUUAUGUUGUGUGUGAAGCUGUUUUUAGUUUCGCAUUCUUUGAACGAGAAAAGAAAAGCAGAAAAAAGGAAUUGCAGCGUUGUUCUAAUUAAGUAUAUAUGUCGUUUGAUUUGUGCUCGUUUCAUAGAUUUUUAAGUGUAUUCAUUUCGAGUUUUCGACUUUUUUUUUUGUAUUUAAGCUUGUAUAUUUUUUUUCUGUCAAAUGUGUCCUUUUCUCGUGAUGAAAUUUACAAUAUUUAUAUUAGACCACCUUCCGCUCCCAUCAUCGAAAUUUAAUUGUACUUUGUGGAAUGAGUCUUUGUGUUUUAGAAAAUAAUUAAUAAUUCUUUGAUUCUAAUAUUAACCCAUAUAUAUGGUAAAAUCUAACCUGUUUCUGUCGGAAACAUAAAAUACUACUAAUAUUAACCGAAAAAUUUGUUUUAUAGUACUUGGAAUAAUCUCUUGUGUCGUUUUUAAUUAGGAGCCACUGCACGUGUAUGUGUGUUGGCAAAUAAGUCUUAAACAAAAUAUUCUCGAAAAAAUUCAAUGAAUUAUUCAUUUUUUUAAAGAUUGAAAUAAUGCUAAAGUUAUUUCAACAAAAUUAUUAUUUUUUGUUUGUUUCGGUAAUCAUAAUCGUAAAAACAAAACCUUAAUUACUCGUGCAUAUAUUAAGAUAAUAGAUUCUCUUGAUCUUCUAAUGUUGCAAUUAAUCAGUCUUUUUGAAGGAAAAACACAAACACACAAAAAAUGAAGAAAAAUUAUUGUAAGAAAAUUGCAUUUAAUUAAAACAUCAAAACAAAACUCGAUAUUUCGUCAAAUAAAACAAAGAUAUUCAAAUCGAUAAAAAAACAA